CGGGCGCGCGUUGCGUCUGCAGGCGACAGCGGGCGGCUGCGGGCACCCCCGCCGCGUGUAGGCGGCCGGCUGGUCGACUCGUGCGGUGUUAAGUCAUAUGGUCGAGGAGCAUAAAGCCUAUGUUGAAGAAAGAAAUUCUAUGAAGGGACCACCCUCCAAAAUGGCAAGGCCAAGUCGUAGGCGGACUUACGGCACGGUGCGACACUUGCGCGCGCAUAAAAGACUUGCGAUCGCGAACGUCGGCGGGCGGCGACGCGCGGCGGGUAGGAGUGCGGGUCAGUGGCGUGCAGAGCGCGCCGCGGACGCCCGCACCGCAGUGUCGAGCAGCAACCCGCCAUGCCCGGCCCGCGCCUCUCCCGCGCCGCCUGACAGCAUGGCCCACCCGACCGCUACCACCACACGCAGCCACGCUCUGACGACGGUUUUAGGCUUUCCUGACCUUUCGUCACCGUCGUGUUAUGGCCAGUCGUGGCAGACCAUCACCACUCAUCCCUUUCAUACCGUCGUGACGUGCACGUGGACACUGCGGUGCCAACCUCAAACGUUAUCAAUGCCUUUAGACUUUAAGGUGACACUAACGAACAUUAACUAA